ACAAGGUCAGGGUCGUUAUUUGAAGGAAAGUCGCCUCCGAAGCCCAUCUGGAUGCCUGUCAUCAAUGGUCGCGGGAGCUCUGGCUUUGGUUUGACUAACGAGAUUGAGAAGAUGGUGACCUUCCAACCAAAAGGUGUGCAAGACGGGAAAGGGUCAAUGAGCCCUCUCCCAAGCUUCGGCCCCGAGUGGUUUACUUCCAAGCUGCCCGGAACCCUCCCACCACGUCCCUUGCCUGCCUGCGCAUUUGGCUUCCCCCCUGCCCCUCCAGGGCUGAUAGCCCAGAUGCCGGAGCUGGCAACGGUGUCCCCCAGGGUGGCAGCCAUGGUGGCAGAGGCCCUCCGCAGAGGUGAACGUUGCCCCUGCAGUCUACGGCAGAAACCUUUGCCGUGUGGCCUGCUAAGGCACUCGAAAUCCUUGCUUCGACGGAUUGUCGGGAACCUGGUGCUCAUGAGGCUGGUGACCUGCUUCUUCUUCCUGGGCACCUUCAGCUUGCCCUACUGCUGGAAGCUGGGUCUUGGUGCGCUGAUGGGAUGUUGGGGUAUUGGUCACGACGCAGGUUUGAUCGCUGUACUUUGCAGCUUAGCGUAUUGGUGCUUGGCAUUUUCUCAAUCUCAUGGAGCAGGUGCUUCCAGCUCCUUCCUUCCAAGUGAGGGCCAGUAUUGGCCGCCGCGUGAAUUCCAUCUCGGUUUGGGGAGCAGGACUCUUAUCCGAACCCCUGUGCAGAGUGAACGGCGGCACUUGGAAUCUCUACAGCGACAUUUCAGCCUGAUUCCACGGCGAGGUGACCGUCCAAGGUUUCAGGUGGUUCGCCAUGAUCGCCACGAUUCAGACCCGCCGAGGGCAAAACGGAGCACGAGACGCACUACCGGCAUAACAGCGGAGAAGGUGAUGCAGCGGCGUCAUGCGAACAGCAUCCAGCAAGAGGAAAACAGGGUCGGGCUGCUUUACGGACAUGGCGGUUGCAAAGCGUGUGAGGUCUUGACUUUAAGUGAUCUUGAGCAGACCCUGAAUGUUACAGAGGUACACUAUUGCUCCUGGCUGGAAGAUGUGGCCUUUCAAAGAAAAUCGGCCGAGUACCUGUGGAUGCUGGUCUGUAGCGCAGGCGCUGUGCAUAAAAUGCGCUUUUUGUCGACAUGGCUCUUGUUCUUGCUGCGGCAACAUGCAGCCCCAAGGCUACCAGUGAUUGAAGGGCGUGUGCUGUUUGCGAUCACUGGGAGAUUUUUGAACAUGGCUUUCGACCCGUGGUCACUCAACCAGAUCACAAACAUGGUGCCAGGUGCUGUUUUUCACCAUCCGCACGCCCUGUUUGCCCUGGGUGCCUUGUCCUACUGGUCUCUCUCUCUGGAUAUCCCUUCUGAUGGGAGGACCACCUUCUUGGACUCGUGGUGGGUCAUACCUACUUCUUCUUCGAGGACGUUUUCUUUUUCGAGGCAAUCAAGUUGCCUUACGAUCCGAGGCCGGGCGUUGCUGCCGUGUGCCAUGGGUAGCAGCCAGAACCAGGCUUCGCAGUGCGUCUACUCGAGAAAAGUGCAAGCUGUGGAGUUGCCACUCGCUGAUUCUGGCUGGGCCGCUGGGCUUUCAAAUUCGAAGAAAUUCGAAGUUUCGGGGAGGCUGAAGCAUCCCAAGACAUCCAUACGUCUAAAAAUCCCAUGAUAUCCGAUGAACCAAUAGGUUUAGUUUUGUGGAUCAACCAGAGCGAAGUA